CGGCCAUGUCCCCUUGCAGCCCCGUCUAAAUCUGAUGCGAAUAUUUGCCUCGGUCCGCGUCCUACCUGGUUCAGGCCAGCACGCCCCAAGUCUGGUGCGCGGGAGGUAGAGAGCUUGGCCUUGGGGUCAGAGGCCAAAAGGCGGCCGCUUGGGCUGUGCCCACCGCUCCACGCUGGGACACCCGCGCCCAGGGCCUCCAGCAGCCGCGGCUGGUACCAAACUCACUGAAUCAGGAACUCUGUGAGGGUCCAGCAGUCGCGAAAGGAAAAGCAUCCCUGCCAUUCGGGUCACGGGGACGAGAGUCUCAACCUCGUCUCUGCGCAGCAUGCGGGAUCUUAGCUCCCUGACCAGGGAUCGAACCCGUGCCCCCUGCGUUGGAAGCGCAGAGUCUUAACCACUGGACCUCCAGGGAAGUCCCUAUAUUUUUUAAUUUUUUAAACAUUUUUUUUCACUUUAUUUUUUUUUAAUUGAAGUAUAGUUGAUUUACAAUGUUGUGUUAAUUUCUGCUGUACAGCAAAGUGACUCAGUUAUGCACAUAUAUACAUUCUUUUUUUAUAUUCUUUUCCAUUAUGGUUUAUCCCAGGAUAUUGAAUAUAGUUCUCUGUGCUAUACAAUAGGAUCUUGUGGUUUAUCCAUUCUAUAUGUAAUAGUUUGCAUCUGCUAACCCCAAACGCCUAGUCUAUCCCUCUCCCACCCUCUCUCCCCCUUGGUAAACACAAAUCUCUUCUCUAUAUCUGUGAGUCUGUUUCUGUUUUGUAGAUAGUUUCAUUUGUGCCAUAUUUUAGAUCCACAUAUAAGUAAUAUCAUAUGGUAUUUGUCUUUCUCUUUCUGACUUACUUUACUUAGUAUGAUAAUUUCUAGUUGCAUCCAAGUUGCUGCAGAUAGCAUUAUUCCCUUCUCUUUUUUAUGGCUGAGUAGUAUUCCAUUGUAUAUAUGUACCACAUCUUCUUUAUCCAUUCAUCUGUUCAUGGACAUUUAGAUUGUUUCCAUGUCUUGGCUAUUGUGAAUAGUGCUGCUUUGAACAUAGGGGUGCAUGUAUCUUUUUGAGUUAUAGUUUUCUCUGGGUAUAUGCCCAGGAGUGGGAUUGCUGUGUCAUAUGUUAAUUCUAUUUUUAGUUUUUUGAGGAACCUCCAUACUGUUUUCCAUAGUGGCUGCACCAACUUACAUUCCCACUAAGUGUAGGAGGGUUCCCUUUUCUCCACACCCUCUCCAGUGCUUGUUAUCUGUAGACUUUUUAAUGGUGGCCAUUCUGACAAGUGUGAGGUGGGGUACCUCAUUAUAGUUUUGAUUUGCAUUUCUCUAACAGCAUUGUUGAGCAUCUUUUCAUGUGCCUAUUUGCCAUCUGUAUGUCUUUGGAGAGAUGUCUAUUCAGGUCUUCUGCCGUUUUUUUUUUUUUUUGGCUGUGUGGCAUGUGGGAUCUUAGUUCUCCGAUCAGGGAUCAAACCGUGCCUCCUGCAUUGGAAGCGUGGUGGAGUCUUAACCACUGGACUGCCAGGGAAGUCCUUCUGCCCAUUUUUUGAUUGGGUUGUUUGUUUUUUUUUUGUUGAGUUGUAUGAGCUGUUUGUGUAUUUUUGAAAUUAAGCCUUGCUGGUUGCAUUAUUUGUAAAUAUUUUCUCCCAUUCCAUAGGUUGUCUUUUCAUUUUGUUUAUGGUUUCCUUUGCUGUGCAAAAGCUUGUAAGUUUGAUUAGGUCCCAUUUACUUUUGUUUUUAUUUCUGUUGCCUUGGGAGACUGACCUAAGAAAACAUUUGUACAAUUUAUGUUGGAAAAUGCUUUGCCUAUGAUCUCUUCUAGGAGUUUCAUGGUGUCACAUCUUAUGUUUAAGUCUUUAAGCCAUUUUCAGUUUGUUUUUGUGUAUGGUGAGAGGGUGUGUUCUUUUUUUAAAAAUUUUUAUUGGAGUAUAGCUGAUUUACAAUUUUGUGUUAGUUUCAGGUGUACAGCAAAGUGAGUCAGUUAUACAAAUACAUAUAUCUACUCUUUUUUAGCGUCUUUUCCCAUAUAGGUCAUUAGAGAGUACUGAGUAGAGUUCCUGUGCUAUACAGUAGGCCCUUAUUAGUUAUCUAUUUUAUAUAUAGUAGUGUGUAUAUGUCAGUUCCAAUAUCCCACUUUAUCCCUCUCCCUCCUUGCCCCCUUGGUAACCAUAAGUUUGUUUUAUACAUCUGUGACUCUAUUUCUGUUUUGUAAAUAAGUUCAUUUGUACCUUUUUUUAGAUUCCAUGUAUAAGCAUUAUCAUAUGAUAUUUGUCUUUCUCUGUCUGACUUACUUCACUCAGUAUGACAGUCUCUAGGUCCAUCCAUGUUGCUGCAAAUGGCAUUAUUUCAUUCUUUUUUAUGGCUGAUUAAUAUUCUACUGUAUAUAGGUACUACAUCUUCUUCAUCCACUCCUCUGUUGAUGGACAUUUAGGUUGCUUCCACGUCUUGGCUAUUGUAAAUAGUGCUGCAGUGAACUUUGGGGUACAUGUAUCUUUUUGAAUUAUGGUUUUCUUCAGAUAUAUGCCCAGGAGUGGGAUUGCUGGAUCAUAUGGUAGUUCUAUACUUAGUUUUCUAAGGAACCUCCAUACUGUUCUCCAUAGUGGCUGUACCAAUUUACAUUCCCACCAACAGUGUAGGAGGGUUCCCUUUUCUCCACAGGUGAGGUUGUGUUCUGAUUUCAUUGAUUUACAUGCAGCUGUCCAACUUUACCAGCUACACUUGCUGAAGAGACUGUCUUUUUCCCAUUGUGUAUUCUUGCCUCCUUUGUUGAAGAUUAAUUGACUGUAGGUGUGUGGUUUUAUUUCUGGGCUCUCUGUUCUGUUCCUUUGAUCUGUACAGUCUGUUUUUGUGCCAAUACCACACUGUUUUGAUUACUGUAGCUUUGUAGUAUUGUCUGAAGCCUAGGAGGGUUAUGCCUUUCGCUUUGUUCUUUUUCCUCAGGAUUGCUUUGGCAAUUCUGGGUAUUUUAUAGUUCCAUAUAAAUUUUAGGAUUAUUUAUUCUAGUUCUGUAAUGUCAUGGGUAAUUAGAUAGGGAUGGCAUUAAAUCUGUAGAUUGCUUUGGGUAGUAUUGCCAUUUUAGCUUUUCUGAUUCUGUUUAAGUUUUUAAAAAUAUUGUUAAUUUUGUCAUAUACUCAUUUUUUUUCUAAACCUUUAUGUUGUUCUUUUUAUGCCCUUAUAAGUCAAUGGUUAACCCAUUGAUACUGAUUUUUCUUCUAUAGGAAUUGAUGAUAUUUGUAAAUACAAUCAACUCUUGAGCAACAUGGGUUUGAAAUGCACGCGUCCACUCAUAUGCAGAUAUUUUUCGGUACUAAAUACUACAAUACUACAGGAUCAGUGGUUGGUUGAAUCCUUGGAUACUGAGGGCUGACUAUGAGUUAUACUCAAAUUUUCCACUGCCGGAGGGUUGGUGCCCCAACCCCUGCAAUUGUUCAAGGGGAACAUGGAGGAAGAAAGAACAGCUGCUGUGUUACAGAAAAAUAUGACACAGGAACCAGUGGUCUUUGAGGAUGUGGCUGUGGACUUUACCCAGGAGGAGUGGGCUUUACUAGAUCUUGCUCAGAGAAACCUCUACAGAGAUGUGAUGCUGGAAAACUUACAGAACCUGGCCUCAUUAGGUUUUGAGACUCAACUUAAAACUAAUGAAUUAGUCGCUUCACAAGAUAUUUAUGGAGAAAAAAUAUCCAGUGAACAGAAUGUAGUAAGAUUCAAAAGGAGUGCUUCCUCGUUGUCCAUUUUACACAAAAGCUGGGAAUACCACGGUUUUGAUUAUCAGAACAAAAACCAUGAGAGACAUUUGAGAAGUCACAUGGUGGAGAACAUCUAUGAACAUAAUGAAGAAAAUCAGUGUAGACAAACCUUCAGCCAUAUCUCAAAUCUUAAUAUACUCAAGAGAACUACUGAAGUAAAAGCCUAUGAAUGCCAGGAGUGUAAAAAGGCCUUCACAGAUCAUUUAUCCCUUAAGAAUCACAUAAGGUCUCACACUGGAAGCAAACCCUAUCAGUGUAAGGAGUGUGGGAAAGCUUUCCAUUUUUUUGCUUGUUUUAAGAAGCAUAUGAAAACUCCUACUGAAGAGAAACCCUAUGAAUGUAAGGAAUGUACCAAAGCCUUCAGUUGUUCUUCAUUCUUUAGGGCGCAUAUGAAGAUUCACACAGGAAAGACAAACUAUGAAUGCAAGGAAUGUGGGAAAACCUUUAGCUGUUCUUCAUCCCUUACAGAGCACAAAAGAAUUCACAGUGGAGAUAAGCCUUAUGAAUGUAAGGAGUGUGGGAAAGCCUUUAGUUGUUCCUCCUCACUCUCCAAACACAAAAGAAUUCACAGUGGAGAUAAGCCAUAUGAAUGUAAGGAGUGUGGGAAGGCUUUCAGUUCCUCUUCUCACCUUAUAAUACAUAUAAGAAUCCAUACUGGAGAGAAGCCUUAUGAAUGUAAAGAGUGUGGGAAAGCCUUCAGUGAGUCCUCAAAGCUCACCGUACACGUCAGAACACAUACGGGAGAGAAACCCUAUAAAUGUAAGGAAUGUGGGAAAGCCUACAAUUGUCCGUCCUCCUUAAGUAUCCAUAUGAGAAAACACACUGGGGAGAAACCCUAUGAAUGUCUGGAAUGUGGAAAAGCCUUCUAUCUUCCCACUUCCCUGAAUACACAUGUGAAAAAUCAAAGUAGAGAGAAACCCUACGAAUGUAAGGAAUGUGGAAAAGCCUUCAGUUGUCCCUCGUCCUUUAGAGCACAUGUGAGAGAUCACACUGGAAAGGUGCAGUACGAAUGUAAGGAGUGUGGGAAGGCCUUUAGUCGUUCCUCAUCCCUCACCGAACACUUAAGAACUCACAGUGGAGAGAAGCCUUAUGAAUGUAAGGAAUGUGGGAAAGCCUUUAUUAGUUCCUCCCACCUUACGGUACAUAUAAGAACUCACACUGGAGAGAAACCUUAUGAAUGUAAGAAAUGUGGAAAAGCCUUCAUUUACCCCUCAGCCCUUAGGAUCCACAUGAGAACGCAUACUGGGGAGAAACCCUAUGAAUGUAAGGAAUGUGGGAAAGCCUUUCGCCAUUCUUCAUACCUUACUGUCCACACAAGGAUGCACACUGGAGAGAAACCCUUUGAAUGUCUGGAAUGCGGGAAAGCAUUCAGUUGUCCUUCAUCCUUUCGAAGACACGUAAGAAGCCACACUGGUGAGAAGCCCUAUGAAUGUAAGGAAUGUGGGAAAGCCUUUGUUUGUCCCGCUUACUUUCGAAGACAUUUGAAAACUCACACUAGAGGAAACAUAUAAAGUAAGGAAUAAGGAAACGUCUGCGAGGCUUUUUCAGAUCUUAGGCAGCACGCAAGAUCUCACACUGUGGAGACACCCUGUGAAUGUAAGAAAUUGUCGCUCAUCUUUUUGAAGACUUGAGAACUCACAACUAAGAGAAACCCUGUGUAUGUAAAUCAUGUGGUAACACCUUCAUGAACGUCACUUACUGUGUUCUAAGAAAAUUCAUACUAGAAGCAAAGAUCAGUGCCUCAUCCUUAAAGUGGACUACUGCUGGCUCAUUGAUUUCCAGUUUUAAUUUUCUGAUGAAUGUUUAAGGUGAUAAAUUCCUCUAAUACCUUUCAGCUGUAGCUGCAUAUGUUUUAUGAGGUGCUUUUGUUUUGGUUUGGAUGUAAAUGUUAUUUCCAUUACAGAGUUUUUUGGAUCCAUCAGGGAGUUGAAGUGUAUUUUUUUGUUUACAGGCAUGAGUGGUCUUUUUUUUUAAUAUUAAUUUCUAAUUAACUCUCAUUGUUCUCUAAGUAUGCAGUCAUUGUGGUAUCAACACUUCGGUAUUUGUAAUUUCUUUCAUAAAUGGUAAUCUCAUUUUGAUUUAGUAUGGCAGAAACUGGAAAUUGCCUACCCAAUAUUCCCCCACCCCUUUUUUUUCUUCUAAAAGAUUAUCAGUUUUUACUAUUAAAAGCUUUUUCUGUCUAAUAAGUAAUCCAGUGGAAAUUAAUAAGUACAAACGUUUUGAAAGAAGAGUCUCAUCUGUUAUGAUAUUUUUGUAUUUUGUUCUUUGUCCUUGCUCAUGACUGGGAAUUGGACCCAAUGUUUUGAAUUUUUAUAAAAGAGAUCUUGUGACAGGAAAGCUAGAAGUUGGUUGGGCUGGCUUAUGUUGUGUUACUUUGGACAUGGCUGGGACUACAUUUCCCAGAAUUACUUCCUAAUCCCAGUUCCAGGUUAGAGUUGUCUAAAAUAAGAGUUUAUGUGAGAAUUGGAAGGCAGAGGGAAGAAGCCAUUAUUCUGAGUUUAGCGGGGCCAUGAGACAGGAAGACACAUGCAUAGGUCCUGGUAAGCUCCAGUUUCCAGCUCAUUUUCCUAAUUAUUGGAUCCACUGAUCAGUACUGGCUCAAAAUGGAACAUUAAAUGUGUGACUUCAGUUAUCUCAGAGGCAGCAGCUCCAUAGACAUUUCCAUAAAUUCCUCCAUCAUGGCCAUACACAGCUUCUUGGAUUUUUUCUGGCAAGUUCUUGCAUUGUAAUUUUGCUGAUAUUACAGCCCCUUUGGCACAUCAACUGACUGUAUAGAGUUGGCCCCAGUUUGGAGCAGGAUUGUUGUCAUCUGCAUAGUCCAGCCCCAUCAUGUCACUCUGCUCAAGGGGAAAAGACACAUCUGUGCAAGUUCCCUGGGAUCUCAAGACAAGAAGAAGAGCUGUGGACAAUGACGAAGACCAGGUAUAAUUGAAGUUAGCAUCAGACAGGGUGUCAUUCCACUUUAGUGGAGGAAAGUUUUUUAGCACCUUCAAAUGGGGAAGAGUGUACUCCUUUUUUAUUUGAGAAGAUGAAAGCUAUUUGGUGUAUGCUUCUUCAGGUACAUUUAGCUACACUUUUUCCUUCCGUUUUAUUUCCCAUUUACCUCAAAAAGUAUAGCUGUACCACUUCCCCUUUAUCAUCUUUUACUGCUUUGUUAAGGCAUAUAUACACUAAUAUGUAUGAAGUGUGCUAAUCUUAAGUGUACAGCUUGAUGAAAUUUCACAUUGUAUAUACCCUGAUAAACACAGAACAUUUCCAGGAUUCCAGAAAGGUCAUUCAUCUGCCUUCUCAAUAAUUGCUCCAUAGAGGCAACUGCAAUUUUGGCUUUUACUAUAAUUUAUUAGGUUUGCUUGUUCUUGAUCUUCAUGUAAAUGUUAAAAUACAGUAUGCACAGUUAUGCAUUUGGCUUCUUUUCUCAACAUAACGUCUAAUUUACCUUUUAAUUGCUCCUUUGGCAGACUUAUGAACUUAUUUCUCUUGGUAUAUGCUAUGUAUAUAGGAAUGAAAUUACUGAAUCAUAGGAUAGACUUUAUGUUUAGUUUUGGUAGGUGUUCCAGUUUUCCAGAAAGUUUGAUUCCACCUGUACUCCUAAAAGCAAUGCAUGAAAGUCCCAAUUGUUCCACAUACCUGGUCAGCACUUUCUAAUUUAGCCAUUCAACACAGGAUAUCCUAAUAUCUUGUUUUUGGUUUUAAUUUGCAUUUACCUGAUAUGUUAAUAAUGGUGAAUACUUUUUUAUGUGCUUGUUGGCUAUUUGGAUACCUUUUUUUUUUUUUUGGCUGUGCCACAUGGCUUGCAGAAUCUCAGUUCCCUGACCAGGGAUUGAACCCAGGCCAUGGCAAUGAAAGCUCAGAAUACUAAUCACUAGGCCAGAGAACCUCCUGGAUAUCUUCUUUUAUGAGCGUACCUGUUGAAGCAUUUCACUCAUUUUUGGUUCCUUUUUUAUUUGAAGGGUUUCCUGUUGUUACUUGUCCUUUUUUAAUGUAUGUGUAUCUCUGUCUAUAUCUAGUUACAUACAUAUACGUAAAACAUGUUAUAAUACACGUAAAUUAUGUGUAUUAUAUAUAUGUGUGUGUAUUGCAGAUAACUUUUCCCAGUCUUUGACAUGUCUUCAUGCUUUUCAUUUUUGUAAACUAUAAAGGGAAUUUAUUGGUUUGAUUACUGAAAAAUCCUUGGGUAUAAGUAACUUCAGAGGUGGCUGGAUCCUGGAGCUAAAAAGAUGUUAUCUGGAUGAGUUCUGUUUCCAUGUCUUGUCUGUGCAUCUUUUUUUUUUUUUUUUUUUUUUGUGGUAUGCGGGCUUUCCUCU